AUGGACUCGUACACCACCUCGUUCGUCAUACUACGCUCGGGACAAAGUCAUAAUAAUAUUAUACCACUCAGCAGGUCCCUCUCUCAAUCAAUUUCACUCGCCCCAGAGACUUUGUCUCACCCGCCCAGUCUCAGUGCCUCUCAGUCGUCAACCCGCGAUAGUAGCAACACAAACCCGUCCAUCAUCUCCUCGAGUAAUGCACAAGAAGAAAAAGAUUGGAAAUUGGUGCAGACACUGAGCCGGGAGAUUGGGAACCGAGAAGGCUGUACUAUCACCGUCACUAAGGAGUUUAUCCAGGAACGACUUGGUUCUACCUACUCACUCGAUCUAUUGGACAGCAACAUAUCCAAUGCACCACUCUGCACGGCUUACAAUGUUGUCUUGUCAGGACCCCAGCCAUCCGUUCUCGCUGCUCGUGGAGCCUUGCUCAGGCAGUGCCCGAGGGACGACCGUGCGGCGCUCUCUGUAACUCGCGUAGACUUCCUCAUUGACCCUUUGGCAUCUUCCAGCCACGUCAAGGCGCCCGUUGAAAAGAAGCUUAGGGAAAUCGUCAAUCUCAGCGGAGCCCACAUAUCCAUCGUCAAUUCACAAGAACGGAUCGACGCAGGUGUUGAGGUAGAAGUCCUGUUGAGUCUCGCCCCGCUCUUCCACAAGGAACAACGCUCCCCAGACGUCGAUUCUCGUCACUCUUCGACCGCCCAGUCCAUUCCCCUAAGCAACGAAAACGGCAAUUCUGCCGAUUCCGUUCCCUCAAAGCCCAAAACUGUUUCGGACGGUAAGGAAACUGUGACAUUUGGGCUCGAAUCGGAGCGUAUGUGCGAUGUGAUCAUCACUGGCAAUAUGGAGAACGUAGAAGUCGCCAAGGUUCGGAUUCUUGUCCUGCAAGAUGAGCUGAGCGGUAUGCACGUUGAGUCCUGCGAUAUCGAUUACAAACUUCACGGAAUCGUUUCUGGUAGAAAGCGAAGCACCAUACAAGCCAUCCAAGAAAAUACUGGUACUAAUAUCUAUUUUCCAACGAAACUCGUCGGUGUGCUGAAUUCUCCUUCCUCAAGUCCCCCGCCAGACUCUGCGUACCGACCCAUCAACAUGUCGGCUCAGCCCAAUGCAAUGCACCCGAUGGCCUUCCAGAUGAAUAAUCUGUACAACAUGCCGACGGGGAUGUCAAACAUGCCUCUGUCAGCCCAUAUGGGCAACGGACACAGUCACCAACUUCCCAGCCCACACGGGAUGAAUGAUGUGAACUCGCACCCAAACGGCAUGACCCCUAGUCCAGUCUUCGGGAGCGGUUUUGGUGGUCCUGGCAUCGGUCCCCCGUUUCACUUCACCGGGCCGAUAUCUUACCACCCUCCUCAUACUCCUACUCACCGGCGAGACGACAACGGUCCGACCUAUAAUCCCCAUCAGCACGUCCAUUAUCCUUACCAGCCCCAUCCCGUUGACAUGAACCCUCAGACACCUCGCGGAAUACCCUAUCCAGGCCAUGCCAUGCACCAAUACCCUCCGCCGAUGGGAAUGAACCACACUGGUAUCCCGAACAUGCCCAGCCCGUCAUAUCACGAUCGCUUGAGUCCAAUGCCAAUGAAUAUGGGUCAUCAGCAACACCAAAAUCACCAUCCCGGAAGCUCACAUCCCCUACCUCAUUUCCCCCACGACCCUCACCAUCUCCACGCACCACAUCCUUAUCAACAUUCCCUAAGCCCCGGAGUGCAUGAGGUCGGUCUACCCAUGGGUAAUCAGCCUGGAGGCAUGUCUAUGUCUCAUCAAGUAAACAACAUGCACAUGGGUCAUCCGUCGAAUGGGAUGCACAUGUCGCAUCAGGCGACGGGCAUGCGCAUGGGUAUGAACGGAAACACGCCCUUCCAGCAUCCGGGACCGAGUCACAUGCACGUUGGUCUUGGGGCGACUCACACCGGUAUGAAUGGAAUGCCCAUGCACAUGACGGGUGUGCAUGCCGGCACAGGCGUGCGACCCAGUCAUUUUGGUGCUGGACCUCAUCCAGGAUUGAGUAUCCACGGCGUUGAGCAAGGGGUCUUGGGCUUAGCGAAUAGGAUUUUGAUAACAGGAGAGUUCUUCAAUGUGCAAAGAGCAAAGGAUAUGCUUUUACAAGCCGCUGCCCAAAAGAGCCAUUUGGUCAUCUCAAGAGAUACAGUCAUCUUACCUCGAAAGCUUGAUUGGCUUCUGAUCGAAAGGGUGGACGAAUUGAGGAAAAUCAUGAGUGACAAUGGGACAUAUAUACAGGUUCCCUCCGUCGGGACGCAGAGGAGCCUGAUCACCGUCUUUGGAGACCAUCGCAAUAGUAUCGAGCGUACCAUUCGGUGUCUCAUGGCCAUGACAUGCCAGUAUUACUUAGCUUCGGUUUGGCUGCUCCCAGUGAGCUAUGACUUUAUCACUUCUCUGCAACCCAUCAACGCGCUGCAAAUGCAGCCGGUCCUCAAAAACAUAUCGCAAGUCACCGGGGCCGAAGUAGUCUUCAAGAACCACUGUUUUGAGAUAUACGGUCUUGAAUAUCAGGUCCGGUCAGCAGUUCUUAUGGUUCUCGACUUGGAUGUGGUCAAGAUUUUCCAAUGUGAACUUCGAUUCCAGAUUGAGCUUUCGGUUGAACAUCGUGAUUUCCUCGCCGGCAAGAAGAACGGCAAGAUCAACAAGAUUAUGAAAUCUGCAAAUGUCAAAAUCCGAUUCGAGACAUGUAACGAUUACAAUUUUCUCAUUGAUAUCACGGGAGGAGUUCCUGGUGCCCUUCAAGGAUUGUCGCUUCUUCAGAUGGAACUUCCAGCAGAAAUGUCGUUCUACAUUCCAGAAAAACAUCAUAAGCGUAUCAUCGGCGCGGGAGGGAAGAACAUUCAACAGAUUAUGAGGACUUACGGCGUGUACGUCAAGUUUUCAAACAACGAGGAGUUUAACAGUCUUGGAGGAUACGUGGACAAUGAAGACAAUGUCAUCGCUAGGACGCCAGCGAAGAAUGCGGCUCAGCUGAAUAAUCUCAUGGGGGCCAUAACUCGGUUCAUAAUACCGAAAAGUGAAAAGGACUUUAUCUCCGAUUCGUUGAUCAUCCCACGAAAGUAUCACCGGGCGCUGCUGGGAGAGAAGAAUAUAUUUCUGCACGAUAUCGAGGCAAAGACCAAUACGCACAUUGAGUUCCCUGCAAAGGAAACUGGAAGUGACAUGGUCAAUAUAUUCGGCCCAGAAAGUCAGAUACAUAUCGCCGCAGCGAUGUUGCUGGACCAUGUCCCUUUCGAAAUCAACCUCCACGUCCCACCCAACCCCGCAUUCAUACCCCUGAUAAGAGGAGAGAAAUUCACAGAGUUUACAAGUACCAUACAAAGAGAUCAUCACAUUCUCAUCUCAGCGUCUCCCUUAUUCAGCGAGACAGACGCCAUUUUCAAAUUUCAAUGUCUGAGGAGCAACAUCGAAUUCCUACCUGCUGCAAGAGACUCGCUCGAGGAAUUUCUCAGUGGACAUGGGAUCCAAGUGUACCCAACUCCUGCUUUACGUCGAGCGGACUCAUUCACCGAUGCCUCUUUCUCUCAGUUGAACGCCAGACUACUUGCGCGCGCAAAUUCCCGAUCCGACCUUGAUCUUGAUGAUUCGGAAAUCUUGAUGAACCGUCACCAUCGAGUGGGAAGUAAUGCCGACGUCCGUGCUCUUUUCGAUGGGACAAAUUCCACCGGGGUCAAUUCUUCAGGUGCAACGGGAUUGGUACCUACUCAAGUUUUGAUACAUCCCUCUCAGAGUCACGGACACGGGACGAGGUUUGUGAGUAUGGACAAUACUGGCAAUUCAGGAUUUGUGGGAGCUUUCUCGAUACCACAGCGGGCAACGGAAUAUUGGCAGCCGUCUUCCAAUCCAAUGAAAAAUCCAAGUCAAUCGGAUCCUUCCAAAAGAGAUUCAGACCCUAUCAUACAAGAUCGUCUCAGUCAACUCACCAUACACCCCACCCGUCAUCCCGGUACAGCCCCACGUGCGGCCUCUCAUCGUACUCAAUCUCUCGAUAUCACCUCUCUCAACUUUGUCAGACUUCAACGAGUACCUCUGGGCGAUAGUACGGUCCAAGGUGGUGGCCCCAACACUUCCACUGGGCAAUUUUUCCCUUUGCCAUCGCAUCAGGCGAUGCAUGGACAUGGUUUGAAUGGGUUUUCCGUUGAUGCCGGUCUAGGAGAUGUUUCACAAGCUAUGGCUAGUAUCAAAGUCUCUGAACAUUGACCGUCCACUCGCAAUAUCCUUUCGUCCCUUUUUCCAAACAUUUUGUCCAAUCAUAGCAACUCUUUCACCGUAAAAUUGAAAGUCAUCAUAUACACAUCACCAUCACCCUGCAUUCCACUUCCCACUUCCCACAUUCUAUAUCGAGAAUUAUUCCGUCUUUUCUCACGACACCAUCCCAUACGACUUACCAACAAACCAUUCGACAUAAUUUUAGCAUUAUUCCUGCACUGAUUGCUUUUUUCACUUGAGAUGAACGACAUUGGCAUGUUUUGAUGAGAGUUUUGCUUUUCCACAUUAUUAUUUUUAUCAUGAGAUGGACUUUUGCUUGAUAUGCAUGCUUGUGCUUUU